AUUAGCAUUGCAAGUACAAUAGGAUUUCAGAUAUAAAUCAAAGCUUAAAGAGUACGGAUGUAAAUUACCUAUAAUAUUCAGAAAUGACAAACGUCAGGAAAAGAAGUGGAUGUGACUCCGGAAUUAUAGCGGAUAUAGUUUCUGUCACAUACAAAAUGACGCAUAAAUAUCGUGGCAAAGCAUUAAUUUUUAAUAAUGAGCACUUUGACGAUAUCAACUUAAGUCCCCGAAUGGGAACGCAUAUGGAUAGUGAGCGACUCGAAAAGGAACUACAACGUUUGGGUUUCAAAGUUCGCGAAUAUAUGGACUAUACCAAAAAGGAUAUUUUGAGUAAGAUCAAAAAGACGGCAGCGCGAGAUCACUCAGAAUACGACUGUGUUUGGAUAGCGAUACUUUCACAUGGUAAAAAUGGAUAUAUUCAUGCCAGGGAUGCGUUGUAUUCUGUCGAGGAUAUUUGGCGACCUUUUGCCGAAGACAAAUGUCCAACGUUGGCUGGCAAACCGAAAUUAUUUUUUAUUCAGGCCUGUCAGGGAGACCGUACAGAUCCUGGCUAUCCGCUGCUACAGCCCGAAAUGAUGGACAACGAAACUUCAUCGUUUAUGUGCUGUCGCAUGCCCAUGUGUAAGGAUUUCUUGAUCGCUUUCUCCACUCUACCGGGAUUUUGUUCAUGGCGCAACACCCUUGAUGGAAGCUGGUUUAUACAGAGUUUAUGCGAGGAACUUGCACUCAAAGGAUCAAGCUCUCAUCUUUUGACUUUAUUGUCUUGUGUAGCUGGACGUGUUGCUUUCAACUUUGAGAGUUAUAAUCCCUCAAACCCUACAAUGCAUCAGAAAAAGCAAAUCACUUUUACGAUGUCAACGUUGACUAGAAUUUUAUGUUUUCCUGACAAAAGCAACGAGGAAUUUGAACUUGAUAAAUGAAAUGAAGUAACCGAUGUUGAUGAUUCAAACACCACAAAAAUUUCCCUAUCGCUCUAAAAAUUUACCCCUUGCGAUUAUUUUAAACUAUCGGUGCUGCCAGCUAAUAUUUAAUUUUUUAGUACCGAUUGCGAUAUGGGAAAUAAACAACUGGCAACAUAUAUAAAUUAUAUUUUAUUAAAAAUGUAACUAUUUAACAUCCACCAUAAAUUAUUAAACUUGUUUAAUUAAAUGAAUUAAAUUAUGUAGCUAACAAUGGAAAUGGCAGCGCUGCAGUGUUGUAAAACGCAGCCAGUUAGCCGUAGACACUUCGUGUCUGUCGUCGGUCGCUCGUCGUUCGUUGUCGUCGUCGUCGUGUUGUGUGCAUUUCAUGAUAAACAAUUUAAAAUAAAUAACAAAA